AUGGCCGGCGGCGGAGGAAAAUACCGGCACCUGGGCCGCAAGUCCUCGCAUCGCCAGGCACUGCUGCGCAACCUGGUUACCUCGCUCUUCGAGAACGAAUCGAUCACCACAACAUGGCACAAGGCUAAAGAGGCUCAGCGGUUGGCCGAUAAGUUGAUUACCCUGGGCAAGAAGAACUCCGAAGCCAGUCGGAGACGGGCUCUGGAGAUUUUCUAUAAACCACACUCCAUCAUCCCCAAACUUUUCGGUCCCCUCCGCGAACGCUACGCCGACCGACCCGGCGGCUACACCCGCGUGCUGCGCAUCGAGCCCAAGCAAAAAUAUGAAUACUACUCCGCACCAAAGGGCGACAAGAACGCCGUCCCCGAACGCAAGCCGCACGACCAGGCCCCCUCCGCCAUCCUGGAACUGGUCGAUGGACCCAAGGACAUGCGCUUCGCCAUGACAGCGCGCACUGUUGCGCGUCAACGAGAGUUCCUCGGUAACGGCCUGAACGAGCUGACUGAGCUCAACGUGCGAAAGGUGACCCGGUUCCGAAAGGGCGGUCUUGAAGCCCUGGAGGAGGCGGUCCGCAACCUUAAGAUUGGCAAGGAUGAGGGUGUCAAAGAAGCGCUCACGGACUCCGAGGCUAAGGCUGCUGAGGAGGAGGCCUCUCAGAGUGUGGAGGAGGAGGCUAAGAGGUCUGAGGAGCAGGCGGCUCGUCUGACGAAGAGGCUGGAGGCUUUGAAGCGGUAA